AUGGGCAGUGCUGAAGACCCAACCUGGCUCCAGCUGCUUCAAAAGGACUCCAGUCUCCUAGGACCACAGCCCAUAGCCUUCUCCUGCCCCCAGGAUGGGAGCCUGGGGGCUGGACGUCCAGCCAUGAGGGACUGCUUCCCCUCCCAGGAAAAGGCCAGCCCUGUACUCCCCAGACACAUCCCUGACCAAGGUCUAGGCAUGGACUCUAGACACAGCAGCCCCACUGGGGCUGGGGAAGAUGCCUCCUGCUCUGAAGGCACAGGUGAGAGCUUGGCCUGCCUCACCCCAACUUACAUCCCUCCCCAAGAGGCAGCCAACAAGGGGACAUUGGGGGCACAUGAAGCCUCGGUCUCAGGGACACCAGAAAUCCCCUUCUCUGGAAAGUCAGAGAUUUCGAAGGCAGAACCAGUGCCCUCAGUGAAAAUGGAUCACACAUCCUCAGAGAACAGAAAUCCUAUGUUCUUGGAAAAGGUAGAUUUCAAGUCUUCAAAGAAGGCAGAUUCUACUUCCACAGCAAAGGAAGAUGCCAGGUCCCCAAAGAAGACAGAUCCCACGAUUAUAGGACAGACAGAGUCUGCCAUUCUGGGAAAAGGGGAUCGUGUAUCUUCUGGAAAGAGGGAUACUGGAUCCUUGGGAAAGGAGGGUCAUAUGCCCUCUAGCAAAGUGAAUACAGUGUCCCCAAGGAAGGAGGGUCCUGACUCUUUAAGAAAGGUGGAUCCCGUGUCUUUGGGCAAAGUGGAGCCUGCAUUAUCAAAAAAGGAGGAUGAUAGCUACUCAGGAAAAGAGCAUCUUGUGUCCUCAGAAAAGGUGUGUCCUGUAUCCUCAGGAAAGGCAGAUCAUGGGCCUUCAGGAAAGGUGGAUUCUGUGUCCUUGGAAAACACAGGCUCUGCAUCUGCAGAAAAGACUGAUCCUGCGUCCUUGGGAAAGCUGACUCCAGGAUCCUCCGGCAAGACAGACCCUGUAUCCUUGAGAACAGUGGAUCUUGGGUCCUCAGGAAAGGGAGUUCCUACAGGCUUGGGGAUGGCAGAUUCUAUGUCUAGAGAAAAUGUAGAAACUGUGUCCUCCAUAAAAGAGGACCCCAAGAUCCUGGAAAAGAUGGAUCCUACCUCCUCAGGAAAGGGGGAUUCAAUAUCUGUGAGAGUGAUGAAAACCGUAUCCGCUGAGCAAGUAGAUGCUGUGUUUUCAGGGAAGGUGGAUCCCACAUCUAUAAAAAAUGUGGAGCUCAUAGCUUCAGAUAAGGGUCCUGUUUCUUUGGGAAAGGUGAAUCCCAUGUCCUUGUCUUCCGAGCAGGCUGAGCUUGUAUCUGUGGGAGAGACAAACACUGCAUCCUCAGGAAAAGAGGUUCCUGUGUUCUCCACAAAGGUGGAUCCCAUUUCUGUGGGAAAUAUAAAAGCAUCAUCUUCCGGAAAAGAGAACCCUGAAUCUUCAGGGAAGAUAGACCCUUUGUCCUCAGCUCCAGGAGAUCCCAAGUCCUUGGGGACUGUAGGACACCUGUCCUCAAUAAAAGCCGAAACCGUGACUACAGAGAGUGCAGGCCCACUGUCCUUGAAUAAGGCAGAUCCUGUGGCCUCCCAGAAGACCUUGGGCAAAGUGGACCCUGUGAAGACCAGAGGAGAGGCAGAAGUAGACUCUAUGUCCUUGGGAAAGGUGGAUCCUAUGUGCUCUGGAAAAGCAGAAGCUGGCCAAGAGAUGAAGGUGGAUCCUCCACUUCCAGAGAAAGGAAAUCCUGUGAACUCCAGGAAAGUGGAUUCCAGUGCCUUUGGGAAAGCAGAGCUGACAUCUGAGAGCAAACCAGAACUGAAGUCUCCUGGGAAAGAGUGCCCCACGUCAUCAGGAAAAACAGCAGUGGUUUCACAGAAGAAUUCGCUGAACUCAGUAGAUCCCAGCUCUGGAAAAGCAGACCCUGUUGCCUCGGGAAAGGUGGCUGCCGAAACCCCGGGGAAGGUACCUUCUGAGUCUCCGAGAAAAGCAGAGCCUCCAGCCUUGGAGAAGGUAGCCCCUCGGACUCUGGGGAAGGCUGAGGCCUCCUCCAGGAAGUUGAAUGGACAACCCCAAGGCACAGUCCCUACUCCCCAGGGAGUCGGAAGCAGCAGCGGGGUUCGCCCAGUGUCCAUGUCCGAGCCCCACACUGAGACUUCCAGCCUCAGUCCGAAUGACUCAAUAGCUUCUGGGACCACGAAAAGCCCCAGCCUUGAGGCCUUUGCAUCACGACCCGGGCCACGAACUCGCGACAACUUCACCAAGGCGCCAUCGUGGGAGGCGAGUGCCCUUCCACCGCCGCCGCCACCACCACGUGAGGAUGCGGGUACGCAGGCAGGGGCGCAGGCCUGUGUCUCGGUGGCCGUGAGCCCCAUGUCUCCGCAGGACGGCGCGGGUGGCCCGGCCUUCAGCUUCCAGGCGGCGCUGCACGCUCCAAGUCCCACACCCAGGCCACCCUCGCGCCGGGAUGCGGGCCUCCAAGUGUCGCUGGGCUCCGCUGAAACACGCUCUGUGGCCACCGGGCCCAUGACGCCGCAGGCCGCCGCACCACCAGUCUUCCCCGAGGUGCGGGUGCGGCCUGGCUCAGUGCUAGCGGCCGCAGUGACACCCCCAGAGGUAGCCGAGCCUGUGCGCGACGUAAGCUGGGACGAAAAGGGCAUGACAUGGGAGGUGUAUGGUGCCUCCAUGGAGGUGGAAGUGCUGGGUAUGGCCAUCCAGAAGCACUUGGAGCGGCAGAUUGAGGAGCACGGCCGCCAAGGGGCACCCGCACCACCGUCUACCACCCGCCCGGGCCCUGGCCGCUCGGGCUCCGUGCGUGCUGUGCCUCCUGAGGGUGCAGUGAAGCGCCCACCCGGCCUUUUCCGUGCGCUGCUGCAAAGUGUGCGGCGGCCACGGUGCUGCUCACGUGCUGGACCCACGGCCGAAUGA